AAAAGAAUAUGUUCAAUCAUAACAUUUUAAAAGCUAAGAAAUAGAAAGAUAUAUAGUUACAUAUUAAUCAAGUAAUGAAUUUUGUAUAAUUGAAAAUGCUACAGUGAUUUCAAAAAGUUAUCUAUCAUAUUUAUUUAUUAUCCACGAUAUGAUACUCGUAAUGAAUUUUUAGAUUUAUUUAUUAGAUUAGAUAAUUAUUUUAAAUUCAUAUAAUACAAAUUGACCCAAAAAUAAAUAUGUAUAUUAUAAAUAAAAAGAUCAUUACUCUAUUAUUGUGUUUUUAUUGGGAAAAUAUACAUUUUUUUUAAAAGUAAGAAACAAAAAAUGCAUAAUUACAUAUUAAUCAAGUAAAAAUUGAAUUUUGUAUAAUCGAAAAGGAAAUAUUCAGUGAUGUCAAAAUUUUACUGAUUAGUUUUAUUAUUAAUAUUGGGUGCAGUGUGUAAAAGUAAUAUUCAAAUAUUUAUAAUGUCUGAGAAUUUCCAAAAAAACAUUAACGCAAUAACAAAUAUAUAUAUUUUGAUAAAAAUUUAUCUUAUAUAAAUAAAUUGAUAUUCGGUUUAAAAUUUUUUGAGAACAUAGCCAAUAACUUAUCAUGAUAGCUUUUAAAUUUAUAAUACAUAUAUUAAUAAAUAAUUAUAAAAAUUAUGCUUAUAUGCACGGUUUAAUGAAAAGGAAAAAAAAUUCUUAUAAAAACUCAAUGUAUAAAUGAAAAAGGGAAAAAUUAAACGAGAGGGUGUUAUUUAUCAAAAUUUAUUAUUAAAAAAAUCUAAUCAAAGCCGCGAAUCUGAUCUUGUAUCCAACUUUAUAGCAAUUAGGUUAGGUAGGAUUUAAAAAAAAAAAAAAUCUUGGAACUUUGAUUCUUAAUAUAUAGAUAUAAAGAUACUUCAUAAACAAAAAGAAACAAAGAAAUAGGAAGAUAUUAGGAGGAAGAUGAAUAGGGUCGAUGGAGAAAGGGAGGAGUGGAGAAGAGAAGUAAAUGGUUUGUUCUGGAUAGAGCGUUUGUUUCUCUUUCUGGUUUUCGUAUUUCCCACAUUCGUCUGUGGCCUCAUCGUCCCUCUUAUUCUCUCCACUACUCUUUUGGCUUUACCCUUCUUCUUAUUCUUCAACCCUAAUCUCUCUUCCGUUGGACCCUCUGGUAUUGGUGGAUUCUGGUUAUUUCUAUUGGACCGCACCACGUUUUACUUAGGCCUCGAGUAUUCCAAACUGUUGGUUGGAGGCUUUGAGCUCACCUUCCUUUGGCGUCUCACCCUUUCCCUCUCCCUUGUGAUCCAUUCCAUCUACAUCGCUGACUACUUCCUUAGAUCUCAUCAAGCCGUACUACCUCCUCCUCAAUCUCGCAAUGUUGAGACUCCGAUUUUCACCGAUGAAGGUGAUGUGCACAAGGAAGUGGAGAAGGUGAAGGCCCAAGAGUCCUACCUUGCCAUGCAAGAAACCUACAAAGAAGCGAAAACUACAGGCGACAAGGCCCAAGAGUCCUACCUUGCCAUGCAAGAAACCUACAAAGAAGCGCAGACUACAGCCGACAAGGCCCAAGAGACCUACCUUGCCAUCCAAGAAACCUACAAAGAAGCGAAGACUACAGCCGACAAAGCCCUCGAGACCUAUCUUAUCUUCCAAGAAGGCCAAAACAAGAGGCGGAUGAUAAGGGGGGAGGAUGUAGAGGGGUUUGUCGAGCUGAGGGAGCAAGUGCGGCGAAUCUCGGUGGAAGCGGAGAACGCAGCGGAGGAGCAGUCUCGUGCAACGGGAGAGUUGGUGGAUGCCCGGAUUCAGCAAUGGGAGGAGGACAAUGCCGACUAUCUUGCCUCCCUCCCGUUCUUGUAUUGCAAUCAGCAUAACUAAUAUUAUAUGACUUGAUUUCAUUCUCUUUCCUUUUUUUUUGAACACUUUUCAUUGUCUCUUUCCUUUCUUGGUUUUUAAGGAGCUUGUUGGUUAAGUUUUA